AUGGCCAUGUCAAUACCUGAUCUCAACCUGAUCGGGGAAGCUGAAGACAAAACUUUAGGCAGAAAGACCCAUGGACAAACAACUGAGGACUGCUGCAGUAAAGGCCUGGCAUUGCAUCACAAAGGAGCAUUUGGAGCUCACGGUCAGCUUGACAUUUCCCUCACACCAAACUGGUCCUCGAUAUUCCAGGGAGAAUCAAUCACUAUGACGUGUAACGGGGCUUCCAUCACUCAGGAAUAUGUCUGGUACAGAGAUGGAAUGUUUCUUAGAAGCGGAGUAGGAGUAAAUCAAUAUUCAAUUAUGUCUGCAAAUGCUGGGCACAGCUGUAAUUACUGGUGUCAGACCAUGAAUACUAUAAGUGACCCUGUAAGACUGGAUGUCAAAACUGAUUAUCUCAUCCUGCAGGUUCCUCAUUCUGUCUAUGAAGGGGACAGCGUGUCUCUGCGAUGUCACAGUUAUCCUGGAUACAGCGCUAGAGGAACAAUAUUUUACAAGGACAAUGAAGUCAUACAAACCACAGGAGAGGAAACUCUUUCAUUAAAAAACAUAAAUAUUAACGUGGCUGGACAGUACAGCUGUAAAAAAGAAAUAUACUCAUAUCUGUAUUACCGCGAAAACAGAGCCAAGGGAACUCUUUCUGUAAAAGAGCUGUUCUCUUACCCUGAAAUAUCCUACCAGCCAAAUCCAGUGACAAAAAGUGAUAACGUGACCCUGACAUGUGACACGACUCUCAGCCCACACAGAGCGGACAUGGAAUUACAGUUUGCUUUCUACAGAAAUUGGCAUAAUGUGCAGGAAUUUGGUUUAUCCAAUCAAUACCAACUUUGGACAAUUCAGCUGGAGGACACUGGAUAUUUUAACUGUGAAGUAAAAACUGCAACCGACAGUGUGAGGAAAAAAAGCAUAAGAAGACGUAUCCAGAUACAAGAGCUCUCAUUCCCUCAAAUUAAAGUGAACUCACAGGAAGUGACAGAGGGUGCAGAGAUGACCCUGACUUGUGACACAAUUUCUCAAUAUCUAACAAACCUGCUAACUGGUUUCUACAGAGAUGGAGAGAUGGUGCAGGGGUUCAAUUUAUCCAAUAAGUACCAGGUUCAGUCAACUCAGCUGGAGGAUUCGGGAAAUUAUACCUGCGAGGUCAGUACCUCAAACUACAAUGUAAAGAAGAGAAGCCGUGUGUUUCAUAUCCAGAUACAAGGUUCUAUUUCUUUCUGGGUAAUAGUUCCUUUAGGUCAACCAGUCGAACUUCUAUUGAAUGUUUAUGUAUCUAGGUCAGGAAUGUCCCUGACCUGUGACACAAUUUCUCGAUAUCCCAAAGACCUACUAUUUGCUUUCUACAGAGAUGGAGAGAUGGUGCAGGGGUUCAGUUUAUCCAAUACGUACCAGGUUCAGUCAACUCAGCUGGAGGACUCUGGAAAUUAUACCUGUGAGGUCAGAACCUCGAACUACAACGUAAAGAAGAGAAGCCGCAUAUUGUCCCAUCAAUUACACACAGGAGAACAUAGUGAGGAUGGUGCUUUCUGCAUACAUAUUAGUUAUAAGUUUGGGUUUCGUCAUCUAUACCAUGAAGAGCAGCUAAAUCACAGCACAUGGAGAGCGCAAGAGAAGAUCAUACAUGAUACCAGCAUGGCGUGA